UUCUGGAGCCAGCCUCAUGUGGACGUUAGAGGAACUGCAGCUUGUGACCUGCAGGUCGAUGUUUGGAGCUGCGACGCGACAAAACUGCGUUCGUAUUUUAUUUUGAAGGCCCGUACCGGAAGCCCUGCCUUGUCUUCCUGUUGUAACCUGACGGUGGUGGUGUUGAUGGAGGAUGUGAUGGAGGAUGUGAUGGAGGAUCAGACGGUGCUGUCCAGCUGCACGUCGACGUGAAUAAAAUAAACAUCUUCAGGUUUUUGGAGCGCGAGCUGCUGUAACAGGUGACAGGUGUGCAGCAUCAUGUUGGCGAGGAAGGGCCUCCUGCCAGACGGUUUCCUGUUGACCCGUCUGGCAGAGGACCAGAACCAGCCGAACCGGAGCCGCUCCAGAUCUCAGAGAGCUCGCUUCAUCACCAAGACCGGAUCCUGCAAUGUGGCCCACAAGAACAUCAGAGAGCAGGGUCGCUUCCUGCAGGAUGUCUUCACCACCAUGGUGGACCUGAAGUGGCAGCACUCCUUCCUCAUCUUCACCUCGGCCUUCCUCUGCUCCUGGAUGCUCUUCGCCAUGAUCUGGUGGCUCCUGGCUUUCGCUCACGGAGACCUGGAGCCACGUGACCCCAACGGCGAACCGGGCCCCAUCCCCUGCGUCACCGCCAUCCACUCCUUCACCUCGGCCUUCCUCUUCUCCAUUGAAGUCCAGGUGACCAUUGGGUUUGGUGGCAGGAUGGUGACAGAGGAGUGUCCUCUGGCCAUCACCGUGCUGAUCAUCCAGAACAUUCUGGGUCUGAUUAUCAAUGCCGUGAUGCUCGGCUGCGUCUUCAUGAAGACGGCGCAGGCCAACCGCCGAGCGGAGACGCUCAUCUUCUCCAGAAACGCCGUCAUCGCUCCACGAAAUGGUCGUCCCACCUUCAUGUUCAGAGUCGGAGAUCUGAGAAAGAGUAUGAUCAUCUCAGCCACCGUCCAGCUGCAGGUAAUCCGGCGGACGGUGACGGCGGAGGGCGAGGUGAUCCCAGUAUCCCAGCUGGACAUCCAGGUGGAGAACCCUCUGAGGAGUAACGGCAUCUUCCUGGUUUCUCCUCUGAUCAUCAGCCACACCAUGGAGCGAGGCAGUCCUCUGUACGAGCUCUCCGCCCAGACGCUGGCCUCCGAGGACCUCGAGAUCAUCGUCAUCCUGGAAGGAGUGGUGGAGACCACCGGCAUCACCAUGCAGGCCCGGACCUCCUACGUACCCGAGGAGAUCCUAUGGGGGCGGCGCUUCGUCUCCAUCAUGACGGAGGAGGACGGACGAUACUGCGUCGACUACUCCAAGUUCGGCAACACGGUCGCCGUCAGGAUGCCGUCGCUCAGCGCCAAGGAGCUGGACCAGACCAGGGGGGUCCAAGAGGGCAGCUCUGAUGCUCAGCUCCAGGGGUGGGGGCUGGUCCGAGCCGGCAGAGGAGGCUUUCGCAGAGGAGGCCGCACCUGCGAUAGCUCCGCCUCUCAGCCGUGGUACGUCCAGGCAGAGAAGAUGGAGAAAGAGGUGGAGAAGAAAGGACAGAAGAAGACGGUGCAGCUGGAGGUGAUCGGACGACAGAUGGAGGACGACCAGCUGGGAGAGAUGAGCGACUGAAGGCCGACAAACAGGAACAGGAAAUACAGAACCUGCAGUGUAGUUACUGCAACCACCUCGCCUCACCCUCGGUGCUUCAACCUCACCAUUAGAAAUACACACAGGUCAGAUACUUGUUAGUACUCCUUUAUGUAGUACUCUGUGUACUCUCCACCAUCUGACCUCCAGGCCAUAAACAUGAAUCAUCUGUCCACAUUAUAUUUGCAUACUGACGUGUUCACUGAUGGACACGUGUACCAUUCAUGCUAAGAGGCUGCUAGCUGUAGCCUCAGGCUGUUGAUUCGUCUCGUUUAGUGAAACUCCGAUUGUGUGUGUGUAUAUAUAUAUACACACACACACACACAUAUAUAUAUACAUAUAUAUAUGUGUGUGUGUGUGUGUGUGUAUAUAUAUAUACACACACACACACACACACACUGACAGGUGGGUGUGGUCACUUAAAGCCUGCAGUCAUAUACAUUUAUGGUGUUUUAAUAAAUUCACUUUUUGUAUCUGACGGUCUGAUGACUCGUCAUGGACAGUACAGAAAUGAACAUGAGCUUUCAGUUGUAACGAGCUCGCUAAUGAUUGAUUAUUAAGAGACUCUGUGAGGCUGAUAAAUGGAAAUAAAGAGACCUAAAGAAAGAUGAAGUCAGACAUGUUCAUGUAAAUACAGAACAAAUGUAGAAAACUCAGACCAACACGUCAAACUGAUUUAUUAAACUCAUCGAUGGCACCAAC